AUAACGUGACAUUACGGUCAGCCGUGCGAGCAGUAUGCGCGCGAACGUCGGAGAACGCGCAUCUUCGUUCUUCUUUUCUUGUCGUUCUUCGCUUCCUCGCUCGUCGGACCAUAGUUCCAUCAACACAUCCUUCGUUGCGCAGUGAUAUUCUUUUCAUCGUCGUUCAAUCGGUUUAUAAAAAUGCAGCUACGUGCCCGAUCGUGAUAUAUCGAUCGAUAUAUCGGUGUCGAACUUGCCAACUAUAGAUCAAUGCGGGAAAUUGCGUCGAAGGAAAGUAUGCGCGGUGCAAAGAACACCGUUUGACAGCAUUCAACAUCCACCAGCGCGAAACAGGAAAAGUGAAAGGACUUCAUAGACUUCCCGUAGAGGCAAUGCGGCAGGUGAUGCUGCCAUUCGUACGUGUAACCGUAAAAUUACGUCCGACGUGCUUUCUUGACCGACAAUCGUGCUCUUGGAAAACGUUGCCUCUUACCACAGUCUCGUGGUAUAUCUGCGCGUACAGAAAUCGAUCCUAGUCCAGAUCCAUGGACAAAGGCGUCAAUCGAUCAUCGUUCCUUUAUCGAUCGACCAACGUAAAUGGUGAAACGAUAGCAGCAAGAGGCGACAUGAAUAAAACGGAACUGAACAUCGUCUUGAACAGCGAGCCAGCGAGGACAUCCUCGAGUGUAAUUCAUUCGCACAUUCCGGUGCCGAGGAUAUCGAAUGCAAUUAAAGCCCAAGAAAGGUGUCCCCCAUCCCGCAGGGGGUCCUUCGAAAAGCUGUCGCACAGAGGAGUGUCGGUGGCUGCUCAAAGGGCGUCCUUCGAGAAGCUCGACGCUUCCGUUCAGCAGCAACGAUCGAGGAACAAUAAUUUGUCGAGCUCGAGCAUCGAGAUGCGCAACUCGGAGACUGAGAAACUUGCUUUCCACGCUACUACUAACUGCAAGACGAACGAGCUGGUCGGUGUCGCGAAAUUGAACAGGAGCAAUAGCCUGGAGAGCAAGUGGAAGAGCAAAUACGAGGAAUCGGAGAAGAGGAGGAAAUUGUUGCUACAGAAGAGCGAGGCCGCAAGCAAGGAACAUGCCGACUUGGAGAAGAAAUAUCAACAACUACAGAGACAAAAUAGCACUUUGCAGUCGCAAGUCCAAGAAAAAGAACAGAGACUUCAAAAGUUGCGAACAGUUUCCGAAGCGGUAUGCAAAGAGUACGAACAACUGAAGCAUCAAUACGAAACUGAGACAGGCGCUAUGCAUAAAGCCAUGCAACAAGCAUCGCAGUGGUACAGACAAAAUCGCGAACUGAAGAGAAGGUCGCAGAUCAUCGCACAAAAAUUGUUGCAAUCGAAUCCGGAAGGCUCUCUAGACCUUGAGAUAGCGGACGAAGUUGACUCGAAUUUCGAAGAUCUUGAUCAGUUGAGAGAAACGGUGAAAGAAUUAAGUAAAGAGAUAGCGAGACUUCAGACGGAGCUGCAUUCCGCGCGUCUUCAAGAGUUUGAAGCUCAAGAACAAGUGACGCAUUUGACCACGCAGUUGGACGAGGAGAGAACUCUCAGACGAAAAUGUGAAGAGAAGGUGAACGAGAUGAAGGUGCAAAAAGAAAACAUGGAGAGGGUGACGAAGAUGGUUGCAGAGGAAGUGCAGGCGUUGAAAGCUCAAUGCGAUCGCGAGAGAGAAAACGCGAAGAUUAUGAAGAUAGAGGCCGAAAGGGUACAAAAGGAAAGAAACGUGCUGGCUCAUCAGAGCGCACUGCUGAUGGCUGAAGUUGGCGAUGACCCUAAUGGAAGAUUAUUAACCGUUCUACAAGAGGUGGAGUCUUUGAAGAGAUUAUUGGAGGAAGAGCAACAGAACCAUGCUUCUCACAUACAGAUGCUGGAGGAGAAGUUGGAGGAGAAAGAGUCGAACGUGGAGUUCGAAAUAGUAGAGGAAAAGUUAAAGCUGGCCGAGUCAGAGUUGGAAGUCGUAACGCAAAGGGCAGAAAGGGCGGAAAAGUCGGUGGAAACUCUGGAAGGAAUGGUUCAAACUUUGAAGGCGAAGAUCAGUGAGCUGGAAGAAAAGCUUUCCAGGCCACCACCACCCCCUUUACCUCCACCUCCGCCGCCGCCGAUGUUCAACAACGGUGGACAAUCGUCGAUAAAAUUGCUGACGAAAGAAAAAAUUAAUUCGGAACGAAACGCGGUGACUGACAUGGAGAACAUGCUUGGAAUCACGAAAAAAACACCGACGGUUGCGCAACAGCCUGCUAUCGACGACAUUAUCAACCAAAUAAAAGGUGGACGUUUCACGUUGAAGCAAACGGAUAAACAAAGGGAAGAGGAGAGAAAAAGACGACAGGAAGCGGAAAGCGCGCCGCCCGCUGUCUCGGAAAUGUUAAAUAUUUUGGGUACCAUGAGAAGAAGAGCCAAGCCGAUAAAGCAAUCGUUGAAAUCAACAGACUCAUCCACAUAAAAGUAGAUGCUGUCGGUAAUAUGCGAAAGAUUUGUACGCCUCAGGCACGAGUUACGUGCCAUUGUUCGGACAUUAAUCGCGACGAAUAUUUUUUUAAACAAAGAUCUGUUCUACAAGAAUGUUUAUAUUAUUUAUUUAGAUGGAAAAUAAAUUUUCUACCACUAAA